AUGGUCCUAUCUCCUACUUCUACUGCCUUUCCCCCAGAUAUCGCAUUUACAAGCCAUGUCAAGCAUGUCCUGUCCGCUGGUGUCUCCUUUUCAUCCAAGUUCCCCGCCCUCUUUCGCCUUUUCGUUCUCCCUCUGCCGGAACAGAAUGUCUUCGACUUCAAGGGCCUACUUGCGGAGAGGAAGGGUAGACAGCCCUCGAACGGGGUUAGCUGGGCAGAGGUUGUCGCAGUCGUCGCAAAGAUAGAGGGGAAUGUGGUUAUGGAGCGCGCGAAGGAAAGGCGGGAAACUCUGGCGUAUUACAAACGUUUAACAACAAAUGAGCAGGCGUAUUACAAACGUGUACCUACGUUACCACUUCAUAUCCCCACAUCCCUCGCGUUCUUCCACGCAGAAGAGCCCCCAAAUUGA